AUGGGUACCGACAGAGAUCCCGGAGACCAAAAACCAGCGACACCAGCGCCCCAUCACAAUCCAAAAAUGCAGGUGGCCCAAGUGCUUCUUCCAGACGGAGUCAAGAAGGAGUUUGAGGUUAAUGUAAGUGGAAAACAGGAAAAUUUGGCUCAAAUAAUUGACGAUAAAAAUUCGGAAGGAGAAGCGCUUUUCCAUCAAGUCACUCGUGACUUGUCAAUCGAGGAACGCGAAUAUUUCUCACUGUGUUUCUAUGAUAAGGAGGAGGGAACGCGACACUGGUUGUACAAUGACAAACAGAUUGCAAAACAGAUUAAAGGUCUCCCAUGGGAAUUCUCAUUCGAGGUCAAAUUCUACCCAACGACCCCAACAACAAUUGUCGAUGAUCAUGCUCGCUACUAUCUUUUCCUUCAACUACGUCGUGAUCUUCUGACAGGACGUCUUCCAGCCACACCAGAAACUCAUGCUCUUCUCGGCUCGUUUGUCGCUCAAAUCGAGUUCGGAGACGCGCCAGCACAUAUUGCCGAUGAGUAUGAGAAGUAUAUUGUGGGCGCGAAGCUGGUGCCAUCAGCCAACGCCACACCGGAGACGUUCGCCAAGAUUGCCGAGUUGCAUCGAGAACUAAGAGGACAGACGACAGGAGAAGCAGAGUGUCUCUUUUUGGAUCAUUGCAAGCAUUUGGCUCUCUACGGAAUUCACAUUUUCAAGGCUACCGACAAAGACAAGAAGCCAGUGGACAUUGGCGUCGGCGCCGCAGGCAUCAAUGUCUAUCAAGACGAGCAGAAGGUGCAUUCGUUCAUCUGGCAAAACAUCAUCAAGAUUGGAUACAAGCGUACCUAUUUCUCGGUGAAACUGAAGGCUGGAACAAUUGGAAAGGAUGAGAAGACGUUGUACUACAAGAUGCCAACUCAUGUCGCAUCGAAGCGCGCGUGGAAGUGUGCCGUUGAGCAUCAUACGUUCUUUAGACUCAUCCAACCCGAGGACCGUCCACAUAAGUCGUUCUUUAAUUUCGGCUCACAACGCUUCCGCUAUCAGGGACGCACGCAAUUCCAGACGAAAAUCGCGUCGCAAAUGUUUGACAAACCGUCGACUGUCGAUCGAGCACCAUCUGCAAUGUCUCAGCCGAUUGCUUCCGCCGAGGAUCAAAAGCUCCAGACGCUCAAUCUAACGGAUUCUGAAUUGGAGCAACGUCAAUUCGAGCGAUACCGCCGCGCAUUGACACCCAAAUCCUACACAUCCUCUCGCCAAGACGAUGACGCGAUCUCGAAUGCCACAUUUGCCAAAUACUCUCGUCCCUCCACAAUGCUAGUUGUUUCUACGUCGGGGCACCAUCAGCAGCAGCAACAGGAUCUAUCCUACUCACCCAGAGACGACUCAUCUCAGUACUCCUCAGCCGCUUAUUACAUGUCUGAACGAUCCUCUCUUCGAACGCCUUCGUCUGCCUACUAUCCGCCUUCGGAGUAUACCAGUCCGACGAGUCCAGUCUACUACGAAGGACAGCAUCAUGGAGAGUAUCAUGUGCAGAUGAGACAGACAGAUUCAUCUGGAAGAAGUGGAGCUCGUCGAAACUUGUUUGGUCGAUCAUCCGAUGCUCGAAGUUCGGCAACUAAUAGUGUCCGUCUAGUCUCAUUCCACGAGCCUGUAGAUCCGAACGAACCGAUUCCGAACACCUAUCCAACCAACGAGUUGCCACAGAUUCCUAUCGAACGAAUUGUACACGUCUAUCACGAAGGACACUACGAUCGGCUGAGUCCCAGACAUCAGCAACAGCGCGUCGAACUCCCAUAUGGGUUUGGAAACUACACUCCACGCAACGGUGUAAGCCACGUGGACAAUCUACAACCUGACGGGGAGAUGGAUCAACAGCCAAUUCGAUUCUAUGUAGAUGUUAGACAUAGUGGAGCCAGGCGUCGUGACCCAGCGAAACGUCUCAGUCAUCCAGGAAAGGAGGAUGUGAAGGAGAAGAUUGAUCUGAAGGAUUAUGAAUUCUCUGCAGCCUCAACUAGUGAUCCACUUCAUCGGACGGAGUUGAGCCGUGAGGUUCAACCAGUCAACAUCCAACAAUUCACAAGACGCUAUCACUCUGGAGACUCCACUCAGAAAACAGAGCCACCCAAGUAUCGAUUGAUCACUCAUGUUCAUCCAUUAGUGGUGAGCAAUGAUGGAAAGAAUGGAGGAGGACAAUCUUCUUCCAAUGUCACAGCCACUAUCUCCCAGCGUGAGCAAGUUGUUUCCACCAAGGUUCGACGGGAAUCCCCAGAUGCUGAUCGACGGGUCCGUUUGUCGGCCAGUGUGGAUCGAAGUGGAAAUUUGACUGAUACUACUGAAGAGAUGACUAGAAGCUCAGCGACAACCACGACAGUAACCACUACCACCACUGUGAUCACUUCUGAUUUGGUUCAGAGUUCUGAGGAGCACAGGAAGAAGAAGGAUAAGAAGAAGAAGACACCCAAGAUCCCACCGUCUUCCUCUCCAGUGCCUUCUCCAUCCAGUCAAGAGAGCCGGAGUCGUUUCGGAGGAUUCUUCACUACCAAAAAAUCCAAAGGCUAUCCUGAAUCCUCGCAUGCUUUCUCUGGAGACUUGGACACGACCAAACGUGCCGGAGAGCUUGAGCCAUCUGAUUACGAGCAUCCUCAUCCAGUGCCAGCCUACUCUCCAAAGCCAACCACUGCCGAAUCGACUUCCCAAGAACACCCCUCCAAAACGAAGAAACGACACAGCCACGUGGAGACUCCUGAAGUUCCCAAAAAGUACCGCUUGAUCGCUCGCACUCGCCACGAAGGAGAUGAAGAUGUUGUUGAGAAGCCUGAAACUUAUGGAUUCUCAUCUGGAGCACAUACUGGACCAGUUGAGGAGAUUGGAAGACGUCGAGAACUGGAGCAGGCUCCAUUGGGAGCGCAGCCUAGAACAUGGGCUUAUGAGAAGAUUGAGGAUACUGUGGUACCAGUUGGCAAGCAACAGAAGAGUUCGAAGAAGGUUCCUGCAGAGGAACCAGAGAAGAAAGAGAUCCGUCUGAUUGCAAAAGUUCGUUCUGAACCAGAAGAGCCAGACUCAUCUAGACAUUCUGAAACUCCCAAGUCCCGUUUCGGAUUUUUCUCCAGGACCACCAAAUCUUCUAGACCUGGCUAUUCAACGACUUCUGAAGCAUAUUCUGGAGAUCUGGAUACCACCACCCGCGUCCAGGAUCUUGAUAGAUCCUCGUUCGAUCAUCCAGAAUACCCAGCCUACGUUCCGAAGCCGAAGGAAGAAGAACCAUUCGAGCAUACCCAGACACCUACGACAUCUCCAAUAGAGAAAAAAACCAAGAAGACCAAGAAGAUUGUGGCCGUUCCAUCUGAAGAGACAGAGAAGAAGGAAGUUCGUCUGAUCGCUCGUGUGAUUAAUGAACAGGAACCAGAAGCUACUGAGUCAUCUGAAGUGACUCAAAAGCCCAAGAAGGAGUCUUCCAGUCGCUUUGGAUUCUUCUCGCGGACCACUAAGACUACCAGAACUGGCUACCCUGAAUCUUCCGAUGCCUUCACCGGAGACCUGGACACCACCAAACGCUCCGACGAUUUGGAACAUUCAGGAUUUGAGCAUGGAGACUACCCAGCCUACAAGCCGAAGCCUGAAGAAGCCUACGAACCAUCUGUCCGAAGCGAUUCGGAUGUUGUCGAAGCUCCUGCUGCCUAUGGAUUCCCAUCUACUUCAUACGAUGGUCCAUUGGAGACGACUGCUUUGGAAAGAGAUCUAGAACAUUCGAGAAUCUCUGGAGUCUAUCAUGAUGGAUUCUACACCAAGUUGAGUGCCAAGAAAUCUCCUGUGCUGGCGGUGAGAAAACAGAAGAAGGUGAAGAAGGAGGAGGAACCACCAAGAGAAGUUAAAUUGGUUGCUAGGUACCUGCCAACCGAGCCAGAAGAAUCUCAAAAGUCGAAAUCCAAGAAGACCUCAAAGACCACCCAAGCUGCUGAUUCUUCGGAAUCCUCCCCAACCAGAAUCAUCUCCGAAACCGAUCCAGUCGUCAGUCAUGAGAAGAAACGGUACCGUCUACUCGCUAGAUUCCGUCACGAGGGAGAAGAAGACGUCGUUGAGAAGCCGGAAGCCUAUGGAUUCGAUUCAGAAAUCUACCAAGGAACACUUGAUGAUAUCCGACCAUCUGGAGAGAUCGAUCAUGCGCCAUUGGAAGACUACUCGAAAGCUCCUUGGGUUGCACCGGUUCCAGUUGUUGAGAAGAAGGAGAAGAAAGUGAAGGUUGCGAAGAAGUCUGUGCCAGAAGAACCAGAGAAGAAGGAGAUCCGACUGAUAUCCAAGAUCAAGACAGAGCCAGAAGAGGAGCAAGUUGUCGAUUCAUUCAAGGAAAAGAAGCCAAAGAAGGAAUCUUCGUCCAAGUUUGGAUUCUUUACUAAAUCUGCCAAGAAGACGCCAGCUGGCUACCCAACAACUUCCGAUGCCUAUGCUGGAGAUCUGGAUACUAUGAAACGCUCUCAUGACCUCGAAACCUCGACAUUUGAACACGCUGAAUAUCCUGAAUACAUUCCAAAGAACAUCAUCGUUGAAGCUGUCCGAGUACCAAAGAAAACCGAGAAGAAGCGUUACCGAUUGAUCACCAGAUUACGUCAUGAAGGAGAAGAAGACGUUGUUGAGAAUCCAAAUUCCUAUGGAUUCUCUACUGAUGCUCACGUUGGACCAAUUGAUGACAUCCGACCAUCUGGAGAAAUUGAGGAAGCCCCACUUGAAGCAGUUCCACGCCAAUCAGAGUAUGGAAUUGUUGCGAAACCUUCCGGUCCAGCAGUCAAGGAGACGAAGACCAAACCUCCGAAGAAUGUUGCUGUUCCAGUGGAAGAAGAACCAGAGAAAAAGGAGAUUCGUCUGAUCGCCUACGUCAAAUCGGAACAGGAACACGAUCCAUUGGUUAAGUCGGUUAAGGAGAAGAAGCCAAAGAAGGAAGUAUCUUCCUCCCGAUUUGGAUUCUUCUCAAGAUCCAGCAAGACUCCAGCUGGUUAUCCAACAACUUCUGAUGCUUAUUCUGGAGAUUUGGAUACUACCGAUCGUGUCUAUGAUAUGGAGCAGUCUUCAUUCGACCAUCCAGAGUAUCCUGCUUAUGCUCCAAAAGUUACUGUCACUGAGACCCCAGAAGUUCCAGCUGAGCCAGAAAAGAAACGCUACAGACUGAUCGCCAGGUGGAGACAUGAGGGAGAUGAAGACGUUGUUGAGAAGCCAGACAAGUAUGGAUUCUCAACUGAAGUUCAUGAUGGACCACUCGAUGACAUCAGACCAUCUGGUGAAAUCGAACAUUGCCCACUUGAAGCUGUUCCUGGACAAUGGGAAUCUUGGAAGGUUGAGAAACCAGCCAGUCCUCUUGUUGAGAAGAAGGCCAAGUCUCCGAAGAAAGCCAAGACUGAAGUCCCCGAAGAACAAGAAAUUAAAGAAGUCCGUCUCAUCGCCAGAAUCAAGUCAGAACCAGAACAUGAAUCAGUUGUUGCUCCAAUUAAAGAAAAGAAGCCAAAGAAGGAAUCUUCUUCCAAAUUUGGAUUCUUCAGUCGCUCUGCCAAGAAGACUCAAGCCGAUCAGCCAACUACAUCGGAACCCGAGACUUUUGAAGCCCCAGCUGGAACCGAGAACAAACUCUACCGUCUUAUUGCCAGGUGGAGACACGAAGGAGAUGAAGACGUCGUUGAGAAGCCUGAUGCUUACAAGAUGUCUUCUGAAGUUUAUUCUGGAGAAUUGGAGAACAUUGGACCAUCUGGAGAAAUCGAUCAGUCUCCACUCGAUGCUCUUCCUGGACAAUGGGAAUACUCAAAACUUCCAGUGGCCCCAAUUGCUACACUUGAAAAGAAGACCAAGUCUCCAAAGAGGGAGAAGACUCUAGUAGUAGAAGAACCAGAAAAGAAGGAAAUUCGUUUGAUCGCCUACGUCAAGUCAGAGCAGGAACACGAUCCAUUGGUUGAGUCAGUUAAGGAAAAGAAGCCGAAGAAGGAAGGAUCUUCCAAAUUUGGAUUCUUCUCCAAGACCACCAAGACCAAGAAGACUCCUGCUGGCUACCCAACGACUUCCGAUGCGUACACUGGAGAACUCGACACCACCGACCGUAAUCCAGAAAUGGGAGGAUCUUCAUUCGAGCAUCCAGAGUAUCCAGCUUAUGCUCCAAAGGUUACUGUCACCGAAAUUCCAGAAGCUCCAGCUGAGCCAGAGAAGAAGCAUUUCCGAUUGUUUGCCAGAUGGAGACACGAAGGAGAUGAGGAUGUCGUUGAGAAGCCAGAUGCCUAUGCAUUUGCUCCAGAAGUCUACGAUGGACCACUCGAUGAUAUCCGCCCAUCUGGAGAAAUCCUACAUGGUCCUCUCGAAGCUGCUCCAAGCCAAUGGGAAUACUCAAGACUCCCAACUCCUGCUGCUACUCCUGAGAAGAAAGCCAAAUCUCCAAAGAAACAAAAGUCACCGAAGAAGGAGAAGACUCCAGAACCAGAAGAACCAGAAAGCAGAGAAGUCCGUCUUAUUGCCAGAAUCAAAUCAGAGCAAGAAGUCGAGCCAGUUGCCGAAGCGAUUAAGGAAAAGAAACAGAAGAAGAGAGGUUCCAAGUCGAAGAUUUCUACCUUCGGAUUCUUCCAUCGCACUCAGGAACCAUCGACUUCUCACUUCCCAACUUCUGAAGUCUACACUGGAGAAUUGGAUACGACUGGACUCCAUCGUGACAUUGAUCGAACUCCGUUCGAUCAUCCAGAGUACCCAGCUUAUGCUCCAAAGACUAAUGUUGAAGAAACUCCAGAAGCUCCAGUUACAUCUGAAAAUAGAUUGUAUCGUCUGAUCGCCAGAUGGAGACACGAAGGAGAUGAAGACGUCGUUGAGAAGCCAGAUGCUUACAAUAUUUCUUCUGGAGUUUAUUCUGGAGAAUUGGAAAACAUUGGACCAUCUGGAGAAAUCGAUCAGUCUCCACUCGAGGCUCUUCCAGGACAAUGGGAAUACUCAAAACUCCCAACUUCAGCUGCCACUCUCGAGAAGAAACAGAAGAAGGCCAAGUCUCCAAAGAAAGAGAAGAUUCCAACACCCGAAGAACCAGAAACCCGAGAAAUCCGUCUAGUUGCUAGAGUCAAAUCUGAACAAGACGUCGAACCAAUCCUGGAAUCUCCUGUCAAAGAGAAGUCGCCAUCCAAAUUUGGGUUCUUCUCCAAGAUCACCACGAAGACCUCGAAGACUACUGGCUAUCCAGAACAAACCGAGCAUUUCUCUGGCGAUUUAGAUACCACUAAUCGAUCUCAUGAGUUUGAGGGAACGUCUUUCGAACAUUCUGAACAUCCAGUCUACUCACCAAAGAAAACCGUCGAGACUCCAGAAGUUCCCCAUGAGACUGAGAAUAGACUUUACCGUCUGAUCGCUAGAUGGAGACAUGAAGGAGAUGAGGAUGUGGUUGAGAAGCCGGAUGCUUAUGCGUUCGCUCCAGAUGUGUACGAUGGACCACUAGAGGAUAUCCGCCCAACUGGAGAAAUCGAACAUGGUCCUCUCGAAGCUCUUCCUGGACAAUGGCAGUAUUCGAAACUUCCAACUCCAGCUGCCACUCUCGAGAAGAAACACAAGAAGGUCAAGUCUCCAAAGAAAGAGAAGAUUCCAGAACCAGAAGAAGCAGAAACCAAAGAAGUCCAACUCAUUGCUCGUAUUCGAUCCGAAACCGAGGAGGAGCCAACUGCCGAACCUGCCAAGGGAAAGGAGCCGAAGAAGGAAUCUUCGUCUAAAUUCGGAUUCUUCAGUAAAUCUGCCAAAAAGACUCCUGCUGGAUACCCAGCACCUUCUGAUGCCUACACUGGAGAAAUUGAUACUACCGAUCGUAAUCCAGAAAUGGAAGGAACCUCAUUCGACCAUCCAGAGUAUCCUCCGUACGAUCCAAAAGUGAAGGAAACUCCUGCAUCACCGAAGAGUCAACGAUCUGAAACUCCAGAUCGCAUUCUGGUUGAGAAAAAGACCUACCGCCUCAUUGCUCGCUAUCGUCAUGAUGGAGAAGAGGACGAAGUGGAGAAACCAGAAUUCUAUGAAUUCUCUCCAGAGAUGUACACUGGAGAACUUCAAGAGACAUCUUUGAAUGCAGAAAUCGAUCAUGCUGCACUGGAUGUUGUGCCAUCUAAAACACAGUACUCGAAGCUUCCAGAAAGUCCAGUGCUUCAAAAGAAAGCCAAGUCUCCCAAGAAGACCAAGGUGGAAGUGCCUGAAGUGCCAGGAACCAGAGAAGUCCGUCUCAUCGCCAGAAUCAAGUCAGAAUCAGAAGAUGAUCCACUGGUUGAGUCGGCUAAGGAGAAGAAGCCAAAGAAGGAAUCUGCCAGAUUUGGAUUCUUCUCUAGAUCCAAUAAGACUCCUGCUGGAUAUCCAACGACUUCCGAUGCCUACACUGGACACUUGGAUACCACGGAUCGUAAUCCAGAAAUGGAAGGAUCUUCAUUCGAUCAUCCAGAAUAUCCUGCUUAUGCUCCAAAGAUUACUGUCACCGAGACUCCAGAAGUUCCAGCCGAACCAGAGAAGAAGCGGUACAGACUGAUUGCCAGAUGGAAACACGAAGGAGAUGAAGACGUUGUUGAAAAGCCAGAUGCCUAUGCAUUCGCUCCAGAAGUCUAUGAUGGACCACUCGAUGAUAUCCGCCCAUCUGGAGAAAUCGAACACGGUCCAUUGGAUGCUGCUCCAACCAAAACUCAAUACUCGAAGCUCCCAGAAAGCCCUCUUGUUCAAAAGAAGAUCAAAUCUCCCAAGAAGAUCAAGAUGGAGGAACCAGCUCAGCCAGAGAAGAAGGAGAUUCGUCUGAUUGCCAAAGUUAGAUCAGAGCCAGAAGAUGAACCAGUUGUUAAGUCGGUUAAGGAGGAGAAGCCAAAGAAGGAAUCUACCAGAUUUGGAUUCUUCUCUAGAUCCAGCAAGACUCCAGCUGGGUAUCCUACAACUUCUGAUGCUUAUUCUGGAGAUUUGGAUACUACUGAUCGUGUCUAUGAUAUGGAGCAGUCUUCAUUCGACCAUCCAGAAUACCCAGCAUACGUUCCAAAAGUUACUGUCACUGAGACCCCAGAAGUUCCAGCUGAGCCAGAAAAGAAACGCUACAGACUGAUCGCCAGGUGUAGACAUGAGGGAGAUGAAGACGUUGUUGAGAAACCUGUCAAUUAUGGAUUCUCGACUGAAGUUCAUGAAGGACCACUCGAGGAUAUCAGACCAUCUGGAGAAAUCGAGCAUUCUCCACUUGAAGCUGUUCCAGGACAAUGGGAAUCAUGGAAGGUUGAGAAACCAGCCAGUCCUGUUGUCGAGGAGAAGACCAAGUCUCCGAAGAAAGCCAAGGCUGAAAUUCCGGAAGAACCAGAAAAGAAGGAAAUCCGUCUGAUUGCUCGUAUCAAGACAGAGCCAGAAGAUAAACCAGCUACAGAGCCAGUCAAAGAGAAGAAACCGAAAAAGGAUUCUUCUUCCAGAUUCGGAUUUUUCUCUCGUUCCAAAACCGCCAAGACUCCACUCGGUUACCCAACAACUUCCGAUGCCUACACUGGAGAUUUGGAUACCACCGAUCGUCAUCCAGAAAUGGAAGGAUCCUCUUUCGAUCAUCCAGAGUAUCCUGCUUAUGCUCCAAAGAUUACUGUCACCGAGACUCCAGAAGUUUCAGCUGAGCCAGAAAAGAAGCAUUUCCGAUUGUUUGCCAGAUGGAGACACGAAGGAGAUGAGGAGGUCGUUGAGAAGCCAGAUGCCUAUGCAUUCGCUCCAGAAGUCUACGAUGGACCCCUCGAUGAUAUCCAUCCAUCUGAAGAAAUCGAACAUGGCCCACUAGAUGCUGUUCCUGGACAAUGGCAGUAUUCAAAACUCUCAACACCAGCCGCUACUCUCGAGAAGAAAAUCAAAUAUCCCAAAAAAAUCAAGGUCGAGUCUCCGGAAGAACUAGAAACCAGAGAAGUCCGUCUGAUCGCUAGAAUCAGAUCCGAGGAAGAUGAUGAACCAGUCGCGGAGCCAAUCAAAGAGAAAAAGAAGAGGGACUCGAAGUCGAAACUUCCAGCUUUUGGAUUCUUCUCUAAAACUACUAAGACCACUGGCACUGGCUACCCAGAGACUUCUGAAACCUUCGUUGGCCACUUGGACACUACCAAACGUGUCGAAGACAUCGAAUUUUCGUACUUCGAAUCUCCAGAACAUCCAGAAUAUUCUCCAAAAGUAGUCGUUGUUGAGACUCCAGAAGUUCCGCAGGAAUCUGAAAACAGACUCUACAGACUGAUUGCCAGAUGGAGACACGAAGGAGAAGAAGAUGUGGUUGAGAAGCCAGACAAGUAUGGAUUCUCAACUGAAGUUCAUGAUGGACCACUCAAUGAUAUUAGACCAUCUGGAGAAAUCGAUCAUGCCCAACUGGAAGCUUCUCCAAGCCAAUGGGAAUAUUCUAAACUCCCAACUCCAGCUGCCACUCUCGAGAAGAAACACAAGAAGGCCAAGUCUCCAAAGAAAGCUAAGAUUCCAGAGCCCGAAGAACCAGAAACCAGAGAAGUCCGACUCAUCGCUCGUAUUCGAUCUGAAACCGAGGAGGAUCUUGCUCCAGAAGUUGACAAGGAAGCAAAGAAGAGAGAUUCCAAAUCGAAACUUCCUGGUUUCGGAUUCUUCCAUCGAACGUCUUCAACAUCGCAUACAGAAGCUUCAGAGCUAUAUACUGGAAACCUUGAAUCGACUGGCAGAGCUCUCGAGUUGGAGACUUCUGCAUUUGAACAUCCAGAAAUUCCAGCUUACUCUCCAAAGAAGGUUGUGAAAGAGGAAUCAGAAUCUCCACAGAGGUCGGAGAACAGACUCUACCGUCUUAUUGCCAGAUGGAGACACGAAGGAGAUGAAGACGUCGUUGAGAAGCCAGAUGCUUACAAGAUGUCUUCUGAAGUUUAUUCUGGAGAAUUGGAGAACAUUGGACCAUCUGGAGAAAUCGAUCAGUCUCCACUCGAGGCUCUUCCUGGACAAUGGGAGUACUCAAAACUUCCAGUGGCCCCAGUUGCUACUCUUGAAAAGAAGACCAAGUCUCUAAAGAAACAAAAAUCGCCGAAGAAGGAGAAGACCCCAGAACCAGAAGAACCAGAAAGCAGAGAAGUCCGUCUUAUUGCCAGAAUCAAAUCACAGCAAGAAGUCGAGCCAGUUGUCGAGCCAGUCAAGGAGAAGAAGCCAAAGAAAGAAUCAUCUUCCAAAUUUGGAUUCUUCAGUCGAUCAGCCAAAAAGACUCCUGCCGGUUACCCAACAACUUCAGAUGCUUUCUCAGGAGAUCUGGAUACAACUGAUCGUUCCCAAGAUCUCGAAUCAUCUCCAUUCGAACACAAGGACAUCCCACCAUAUGUUCCAAAAUCCACCGAUGAACAAUCUGGUCUUCCACAAUUCCUCGAGGAGAAAAAACGGUAUCGUCUCAUCGCCAGAUUCCGUCACGAAGGUGAAGAAGAUGUCGUUGAGAAGCCAGACGCCUAUGGAAUGUCUUCUGAGCUCUAUUCUGGACCACUUGACGAUAUUCAUCGUGUAGUCGAGUUGGAUCAAGUGCCAAUCGGAGACUACUCAACUGUUACUCACCAUGGUGAAUCAUGGAGAGUUGAAAAGUUGACUACUCCAGUUGCCGCUCUUGGAGAGCCAGAAGAACCAGAGAAGAAGGAGAUUCGGUUGAUUGCCAGGAUCAAGACACAACCGGAAGAAGAGCCAGUUAAGGAGAAGAAGCCAAAGAAGGAAUCUUCUUCCAAAUUUGGAUUCUUCUCCAAGACCGCCAAAAAGACUCCUGCUGGAUACCCAACCACUUCUGAUGUCUUCACUGGAGACUUGGAUACCACCGAUCGUAAUCCAGAAAUGGAAGGAUCUUCAUUUGACCAUCCAGAGUAUCCUCCGUACGUUCCAAAGCCCAACGAGGAAGUUCCUAAACUCCUUGCUUCAACUGAAGAUCCAUCCGAAACCGAGAAGAAACAUUUCCGAUUGUUUGCCAGAUGGAGACACGAUGGGGAUGAAGAUGAGGUUGAGAAGCCAGACAAAUAUGGAUUCUCGUCUGAACUCUUCGAAGGAAUGCUCGAUGACAUCCGUCCAUCUGGAGAAAUCGAGCAUGCACCACUGGAAGCUGUUCCAGGACAAUGGGAGUAUAGAACAAUUCCAGCGUCCCCAGUGCCAAGUCCAGUGAAGAAAGUCAAGUCUCCAAAGAAGGAAAAGACUCCAGUAGUAGAAGAACAGGAGAAGAAAGAGAUUCGUCUGAUUGCAUACGUCAAAUCUGAACCGGAAAAUGAACCAUCUGCUGAGCCAGUGAAAGGGAAGAAACCGAAGAAGGAUUUUUCCUCCCGUUUCGGAUUCUUCAGUCGUUCCGCCAAGAAGACUCCUACUGGAUACCCAACAACCUCUGAUGCUUUCACGGGAGAUUUGGAUACCACAGAACGUGCUCGAGACAUGGAAUCCAGCUCAUUCGAUCACCCAGAAUAUCCAGUUUAUGCUCCGAAGAUUACCGAAAUCGAGACUUCAGAAGUGCCAGCUGAGCCGGAGAAGAAACGCUAUAGACUGAUUGCCAGAUGGAGACAUGAGGGAGAUGAAGACGUUGUUGAGAAGCCAGACAAGUAUGGAUUCUCAACUGAAGUUCAUGAAGGACCACUCGAUGACAUCAGACCGUCUGGAGAAAUUGAGCAUUCCCCACUUGAAGCUGUUCCUGGACAAUGGGAAUCUUGGAAGGUUAAGAAGUCAGCCAGUCCAGUUGUUGAGAAGAAGACCAAGUCUCCGAACGAAGUCAAGGUUGAAACUCCUGAAGAACCAGAAAAAAGAGAAGUUCGACUCAUCGCCAGAAUCAAGUCAGAACCAGAACAUGAAUCAGUUGUUGCUCCAAUUAAAGAAAAGAAGCCGAAGAAGGAAUCAUCUUCUAAAUUUGGAUUCUUUUCCAAAACCACCAAUACGAAGAAGACUCUUGUCGACUAUCCAGAAUCCGAUGUGUUCACUGGAGUGUUGGACAAGACUGAAAGAUCACAAGAUCUCGAAGGAUCUUCAUUCGACCACCCAGAAUAUCCGGCUUAUGCUCCGAAGGUUACUGUCACCGAGACUCCAGAAAUUCCAGCUGAGCCAGAAAAGAAACGCUACCGACUGAUUGCCAGAUUCCGACACGAAGGAGACGAGGAUGUGGUUGAGAAGCCAAACCCAUACGCGUUCGCCGACUCUGCCUACGAUGGACCAUUGGAAGAGAUUUCUCGUGAGAAUGAAAUCGAACAGACUCCGAUCGCAGAUCACGCCAAUGUCUAUGCGUACGUAGAGAAGGAUGCGAGACCAGCACUCCCAAUUGUCGAAACGAAGAAGAAGUCACCAAAGAAGAUUAAGAUGGAAGAACCUGAAGAACCGGAAAUCAGAGAAGUCCGUCUGAUUGCUCGUAUCAAGACAGAGCUAGAAGAUGAACCAGUUGUUGAGUCGGUUAAGGAGAAGAAGCCAAAGAAAGAAUCUUCCAGAUUUGGAUUCUUCUCUAGAUCCAGCAAGACUCCAGCCGAUCAGCCAACUACACCGGAACUCGAGACUUCUGAAGCUUCAGCUGAAACUGAGAACAGACUCUACCGCCUCAUUGCCAGAUGGAGACAUGAAGGAGACGAAGACGUUGUUGAAAAGCCAGAUGCAUACAAGAUGUCUUCAGAAGUAUAUUCUGGAGAAUUGGAGAACAUUGGACCAUCUGGAGAAAUCGAUCAGUCUCCACUCGAUGCUCUUCCUGGACAAUGGGAAUACUCAAAACUUCCAGUGGCCCCAAUUGCUACACUUGAAAAGAAGACCAAGUCUCCAAAGAGGGAGAAGACUCUAGUAGUAGAAGAACCAGAAAAGAAGGAAAUUCGUUUGAUCGCCUACGUCAAGUCAGAGCAGGAACACGAUCCACUGGUUGAGUCAGAUAAGGAAAAGAAGCCAAAGAAGGAAGGAUCUUCCAAAUUUGGAUUCUUCUCCAAGACCACCAAGACCAAGAAGACUCCUGCUGGAUAUCCAACGACUUCCGAUGCCUACACUGGACACUUGGAUACCACGGAUCGUAAUCCAGAAAUGGAAGGAUCUUCAUUCGAUCAUCCAGAAUAUCCUGCUUAUGCUCCAAAGAUUACUGUCACCGAGACUCCAGAAGUUCCAGCCGAACCAGAGAAGAAGCGGUACAGACUGAUUGCCAGAUGGAAACACGAAGGAGAUGAAGACGUUGUUGAAAAGCCAGAUGCCUAUGCAUUCGCUCCAGAAUUCUAUGAUGGACCACUCGAUGAUAUCCGCCCAUCUGGAGAAAUCGAACACGGUCCAUUGGAUGCUGCUCCAACCAAAACUCAAUACUCGAAGCUCCCAGAAAGCCCUCUUGUUCAAAAGAAGAUCAAAUCUCCCAAGAAGAUCAAGAUGGAGGAACCAGCUGAGCCAGAAAAGAAGGAGAUUCGUCUGAUUGCCAAAGUUAGAUCAGAGCCAGAAGAUGAACCAGUUGUUAAGUCGGUUAAGGAGGAGAAGCCAAAGAAGGAAUCUACCAGAUUUGGAUUCUUCUCUAGAUCCAGCAAGACUCCAGCUGGGUAUCCUACAACUUCUGAUGCUUAUUCUGGAGAUUUGGAUACUACUGAUCGUGUCUAUGAUAUGGAGCAGUCUUCAUUCGACCAUCCAGAAUACCCAGCAUACGUUCCAAAAGUUACUGUCACCGAGACUCCGGAAGUUCCAGCUGAGCCAGAUAAGAAACGCUACAGACUGAUCGCCAGGUGGAGACAUGAGGGAGAUGAAGACGUUGUUGAGACGCCAGACAAGUAUGGAUUCUCAACUGAAGUUCAUGAUGGACCACUCGAUGACAUCAGCCCAUCUGGUGAAAUCGAAAAUUGCCCACUUGAAGCUGUUCCUGGACAAUGGGAAUCUUGGAAGGUUGAGAAACCAGCCAGUCCUCUUGUUGAGAAGAAGACCAAGUCUCAAAAGACGGUCAAGGUUGAAGAACCAGAGGAGCCAGAAACCACAGAAGUUCGUCUCAUCGCCAGAAUCAAAUCAAAGCCAGAAGAUGAAUCAGUUGGUGCUUCAAUCAAGAAGAAGCCAAAGAAGGAAUCAUCCUCCAAAUUUGGAUUCUUCUCCAAGACCACGAAGACCAAGAAGACUCCAGCUGGUUACCCAACUGCUUCUGAUGUCUUCACUGGGGAACUCGACACCACUCUUCGUAACCCAGAAAUGGAAGGAACCUCAUUCGAUCAUCCAGAGUAUCCUCCAUACGUUCCAAAGCCCAACGUUGAAGUUCCUGAACUCCUUGCUUCAACUGAAGAUCCAUCCGAAACCGAGAAGAAACAUUUCCGAUUGUUUGCCAGAUGGAGACACGAUGGGGAUGAAGAUGAGGUUGAGAAGCCAGACAAAUAUGGAUUCUCGUCUGAACUCUUUGAAGGAAUGCUCGAUGACAUCCGUCCAUAUGGAGAAAUCGAGCAUGCACCACUGGAAGCUGUUCCAGGACAAUGGGAGUGUUCGAAACUUCCGGUUUCUCCAGUUGCGACACUCAAACACAAAAAGGCCAAGUCUCCGAAGAAGGAACUGAUUGAAGAGGAUCCAGAGAAGAAGGAGAUCCGUCUGAUAGCCUAUGUCAGGUCGGAAGAACCAAAAGAGGAAUCAGUUGAAGAGGAGUUGAAGGAGAAGAAACCAUCAAAGUUCGGAUUCUUCACUCGCUCUCCAAGAUCUUCCAAGUCGACUGACCAACCAUCUGAGCCAACCUACGAAGGACCACUGGAUGAAACUAUCCGAUCCGAUGAGUUCCAAUCUUCGCCAUUCGAGCAUCAAGAGUUUGUCACCUCUACUCCAGACGCUGCUCAUGAGGAAAAGAAGCCGUUCAGAUUCAACUGGUUCGCCAGAUGGAGACAUGAAGGUGUUGAAGACGUGGUAGAAAAGCCAGAUCCCUAUGGAUUGUCUCAUCAUGUCUACGAAGGAUCAUUGGAUGAUAUCCGACCAUCUGGAGAGAUCCAACAUGCUCCAUUGAGUGAUUACUCGGAGUUCCAAGGAACUGGAGAGUCGUGGAAUUGGUUUGUGAAGAAGGCGAAGAAGGAGAAGAGGGCAUCUCAGCCAACGACUCCAGAACCAUCUGACGUCAAGCUGGUCGCAAGAAUUCAACCUCUGGAACACGAGGAGUCUCCUGAAAAGGCUUCACCAACAAAAGACCGUUCCCGUGCUGCCUCUUUCAACAUCUUCCAUCGUCACUCCAAGACUCAAGGGUAUCCAGAAACAACUCCAGUUUACGAAGGAGAUCUUGAUGUGUUUGAAAGAACAGAAGAUGUUGAGAAGUCGUCAUUCGAGAUGCGGGCCGAUUAUCCAGAAUACUCACCCAAAAAGAGUAUUCCAGAAUUUCCUGACGAGCCACCACAACAGAGUCGACUUCAUCGCUUGAUCGCUAGAUGGAGACACGAAGGAGAGGAGGAUGAAGUUGAGAGGCCAGAAGGAUACGGUUUGUCUUCUGAAGUCUAUGAUGGACCACUGGAUGAGAUGAGACCAUCGUUCGGAGAAAUGGAAGAUGUUCCACUGUCCCAAUAUUCGGAGUUCCAAGGAACUGGCGAAUCGUGGAAUGUGGUUGCCAAGAAGUCACCAAAGGCUUCGAAGCGACAGAAGGAGGUUACUCCUGAACAUGAAGAAUCCACUCCAUUCCGUCUCCGAUUCCUCAGUCUUGCCAAGAAGACCCCAUCAGAAUAUCCAGCCACGUCUCCAACAUACGAAGGACCAUUGGACUUGACUAGCCGUUCAGAUGAGAUGGAACCAAUGCCAUAUCUUCAUGGAACCGUUCCACGAUACUCUCCAAAGGUCACUCCAGUUAGAAAGAUCCAGAAGAUCGUUGAGGAAGAACCCAAAAAGUACCGCUUGAUCGCCAGACUUCGCCAUGAAGGAGAAGAAGACGUCGUUGAAAAGCCAGACGCCUACAAGAUGUCUUCUGAAGUCUUCUCUGGAACUCUGAACGAAAUGAGCAAGAAGCAAGAAUUGGAUACAGUACCCAUCAAAGAUUUCUCAGAUGUCAAGCAUUCUGGAGAAUCCUGGACGCUGAAAGGAGUUCGUCAAGUCGCUCGAGUUCCACCUCAAGCUCCAGAACCCUUCCGAUUCCGAUUCUUCUCCAAGGGAAAGAGCUCUGGAUACCCAGCAACGUCUCCAACCUACGAAGGACCUAUGGAUGUUACCGGAAGAGCUCAGCCAUUGGAGCAUGUUCCUUUGGAAGCUAGAGAGAUUCCAAAGUACUCUCCAAAGAAGCAGGAAGACUCCAGGACUGAAGAGGAACCGAAGAGAUAUCGAUUGAUUGCAAGACUGAGACACAAUGGAGAUGAAGAUGUCGUUGAGAAGCCGGAUGCCUAUGGAAUGUCUUCGGAAGUGUAUUCUGGAGAAUUGGAAAAGACUCAUAAGAAGGAAGAGCUCACAGAGAUUCCACUGAACCAAAAAUCUUCCGAUGGAUCAGAAGAUCUUGAGAAUGUUCCACCUCGUUCUUCUCGCUUCAGUUUCCUCCGACCAACUCCCAAGACACGAACGACAUCCUAUCCAUCUACGUCAUACUCUGGACCUCUAGACACCACUGACCUAAAUUUGGACUUGGAAGAAAUGCCACUCGAUGUACCCUUCUUGUCACCAACACCAAUCAUCCGGAAGUAUCGCGUGAUUCAUAGAAAGAAGCAUUCUGGAGAACAAGAUGAGGUUGAGCCAAGAGAUCUCAAUAGGGUAUUCUAUUCAUUCCCCGUUGCGAGAUAUAACGGUCCGCUAGAGAUGACGUCACCGGCUGAAGAGGUGCCAGAAGUGUCGAUUCUGAGGUACGCAAGAAAGUAUCAUAACGGAUCUAGCUCCACGUACCUUUGGCACUUGUUAAAUAGAAGAUCAAAAGAGAUUGAGGAGAAGCAGCCAAAACAGCAAAAGAUUGUUGAAGAGAAGAAGGAUAUUAAAUUGAUAGCCAGAGUACUGCCAAUGCAGAAGACUCCAGAAGAAGAAGUGAUGGAAUUGACUAAGGAAGAACAAGCAGUUCACGAAGCAUUGGCUGAAAGAGCCGUCGAGCCAGUUGACUACACAGCCAGCACUCUCAACGCUAUCAAUUAUAUUCCAUCCUCGUUGACCUACAAUGUUCCAAGACCAGCAAGAAUCGAAGGCCACACUGUUUCCGGUGAUUGCUACGUGGAAAUCAGACACGAGAGACGAGCCGAAGUGCAGUUGGAGCCGGCGUAUGUGUUGCGCGAGGCGACGAGACGAAGCCACGCCUACCUCUCAACGGCCACCGCUGUUUUCUCUGGACACUCUGAGCCCUCUGCCAGUGCAUCGGCUACGACAACAAGCCAUCAUUCUGUGGUUGUUCCCAGUUUCGUCGGUUCGGUAUCUGAAGACGAGACUGGACUGCAUCACUUCUCCUGGACACCUCCUACUCGCAUGUCACCGCAGCCACCUGAGAGAAUGUCAUUUCUGGCGAGACUCGGGUUCAAGCGUGACAAGAGCAAGAAGAAGGACAAGAAGAAGAGCAACGGUGCCAAUAAGAAGGGCGAGAACGAGACGAGUGGUGAGACAUCGGACAGCGAGCACGACGAGAAGCGAGAGUUCGCCGUUGUUGAGUAUGAGCCGCAUGCUCCGCCCACUUCUCAUCAACAAGAAACUGCUCCUCCGCCGAAAAAGCCCGAACAUCGAACACACAAAUCGCCUGGCAGACGGUUGGAUGAGCCAAUGAACGAGGUUACUGUAGUGGUGACGUCAUCGGAGCAGCCGAAAGAGCUGAAAAAUACGAAAGAAGUGCGACACGAGACGCGCGAGCAGCAAUUCCGGCUGACUGGCGAUGGGUAUACGUCUGGUUUCAAUCCAAAUGAUCCGUCACUGAUGGCAACGAUACAACGGGCGGAACGUCUGAACGCCAGCUCGCCACGGUUGGAACACGCCGAGCGCACUUUCACUGUGCGCGCCAAUGCGCCAUUACCGGUCUCUUUCGAGGAGAGCGGCCAACCCUAUACAACGGUGUCUACGUGGCAAGAGACUAGCGAUCUACCGGAACAAGUCGAGGUCUACACUGAUGAGAAUGGCAGACAGAUUACACGAACAGUGAAAUCGUCCCAAGUGAAGCACACUGUGCAAACGCAAUCCUUCCAAAACUACAUUGUCGAUGGAGAUCAAGUGCCAGUCGGUGUUGUUGAUGUGGAGAGAUCUCGUGAACAGUUGACACCACUCGGACAGAAGCCUUCUGGAGAUGAAGCCGGAGGUGAUAGUACUGGAAUUGUGGAGACGCAGACACGCACGAUGACCUAUGAGGCUCAGGGAGGCGAGAAUGCCGCACCACCUGGAUGGGCUGAGCAGGGACUCGGCGAGUACGUCUCAUCGAAAAGUGUGACUCAAGGCAAUCGAACGAUCGAAACGAUCACUUAUAAGACGGAGAAGGACGGUGUCGUCGAGACGCACGUUGAGCAUCGUGUCACUAUUCAUUCCGAUGGAGAUAUCGAUCAUGAUGCGGAACUCUCUCAAGCAAUCAUGGAGGCGACCCAAAUGAAUCCGGAUAUGGUUGUGGAGAAGAUUGAAGUCCGCCAGGAGACUACUCAAUAA